AUGCUCAACGAAGAGUUAUCCACUGACAUGGACCGGAUAACACAAUUACAGGAUGCUAUCCUUGAUCUCUUGACGAUAACAUCCACAUCAAUAGAUUAUAUAACAAAACGAACGGAGUUUGAACAAACUUCAAACACGAUACCUACUACACUCCAAACUCCCCUUGCAGCCAACAGACAAGAAUACAAAGCAUCGAUAGAAACGUUUGUGAAUGAUAUAGUAAGGAGAAGCAAAGAUAUCAAAGCAUUGAUAGCCAAUCUACCAAAGAAAGAUGAUAGCUCUCAAAGGGCCACCAGAUUAUCAGAAUUACAAGAAGAGUUAUCGACAGCCAACGAAGAGUACAAAAUAGCAUUAGCUCAAUCAGAAGAAUUGUUACUUGAAUUACAAUCAGCUUUAGAUCAAGCAUUGGGCGAAGAUUCACCUUAUAUCCCAAUACCCACGAAGAUCAUUUCAUCGACGUUAGAUGAAGACAAUAAUCAGCGGAACACAACCGUAGGGGAAGGAGCAGGACAAGAAGGAAAUACAAUAAUAGAUGCAUGA